AUGAAGAUUACCAAGCGCCCCUGGUCGCAGCGCGGACAUGCCGACCACGGCUGGCUCUACACAUACCACACCUUUUCCUUUGCAUCGUACUACGACCCGCGCCACGAGAGCUGGGGCCCGCUCCGGGUCAUCAACGAAGACCGUGUCGAAGCUGGCACUGGAUUCGGUACGCACAGCCAUGCAGAAUUCCUCAUCUUCAGCUACAUUGUCAACGGCGUGCUCGAGCACAAGGACAGCAUGGGCAACCUGGAGAAUCUCAAGCGCGGCGAGGUGCAAUUCACCAGUGCGGGCACGGGCAUCCGGCACUCAGAGUACAACCGCAACUCGGAUUCGGAAGUGCAUUUCCUGCAGAUCUGGGCCAAGCCCAACAAGAGGGGACUCAAGCCGCACUAUGAGACGAAGAAGUUUCCUGACGAGGACAAGACGGACAAGCUUGUGAGAAUCAUGGAGUACACUGAUCGCCUGGCGCAGAGCAAGGGGGCUAUUGGCCUGCAGGCGGAUUUGAGCAUGGAUGCGUCGAUUCUUUCGCCCGGCAACAAGGUGGUGCACGAUGUUGUUGCCGAUGGGCCCCGGAAGCUGUUUGCCCAUGUUGUCAUGAGUGGACGCGAGCAGCCAGCCCAAGGGGGAGCGCAGAUCAAGAUUGGUGACACGGUGCUGGGCGAGGGCGACGGCGCAUACAUUGAUGGCGUGACGGGACCUGCCAAGGUGGAGAUUGAGAGUGUUGGCGACAAGCCGGCCGAGUUUUUGCUAUUUGACAUGGGGCCUGAGGACGCGUAGAUGUUUCUUUUAGUGUUACCAAUCCCAUGGCUAGUUUCAUGGGAAUUUUGUGUCCAUGGCGAAUUUGCUUUGAAUUUAAGAAUAUGAUUUA